AUGUUCCACAGUGGCUGCACGGCGGACGGCUCCCUGAACAACUCAAAAUUCAAUGAUCCGAUGCCAUGGAUCGGGAUCUAUGUAGCCACAGCAUCAUCAAUCUGUGGCAUAGCCAUGGCCUUAGAUGCACUCCAUGGUUUUAGAUACAAAAAGUUUUGGUUCCCUUGCAAGUUCUUCAGCAUGAAUGCCACAACUCUUACUGUCAUAGCAAUUUCAAUUAAGUUUUCGGUUGAUCUGAACGCAGCCAUGCCUCGCCGCCAAGAUCAGCUGGCGAAAGUCAGCAGCUCAGCCUUCAUAUGCAUGGUUAUGGGGAACUUGCUGCCUUCUUUAGGUACAAUGGAAGAUACUGAGCUUUUGAUGAAUAUUAUUGCUUUGGGUAUUCUUGUUGUCACUGCAAUUGUUAAUAUUUGUAUUCAGAUGGGUACUGGUGUCAUCUUUGAGUUUUGGAUUGAACAUGUUUUGAUUAUGGUUUUGAUGGUUGUUUUAUUGUCAAUCUUGUGUUGUUUGUCUUUGGCUAUUCCUACCAAAAAGUAUUUUUUGGAUAUAACAUAUGAGAAGAAGUUGAGAAAAGCAAACUUGGUGUGCUUUACUAGAAGGAAUGUGUCUGCUGCCGAUAGGUUGCGGCAGGAUUUAGGGAAGUAUUGGAUGAUGGCGUAUACGUCGAGCCCUCAGUUUGUGAUCGGGCGGUCUGCACCCUGCUCGGCUUCAGGGGCAUUUUGUCUUGUAAACUUGUUGAUCUUAGCUGAGUCUAUAGUCAGAACCCGGCUCAUGCCUUGGUCUUUCAGGUUUUGCUCAGGUGAUUCGGACUACAGAUGGUCAACCACUUUGGUCCUCAUGUGUCAAACGGCUGCAGUGGUGGUGGGGACGAUUUCACCGGCUUUUAGAUGGUUUAUGACCAUCAAUUUCAGGUGUCCAACGUUGGCCUCGCGGGCCAGUGAGCAAGAGUUUGUUGUUGAAAGGUAUUGGAUCAAACGGAUGCUUUUAUGGCAGGUGCAGCCUUUAGAUUUAAGAAUCUGUAGCCGGCGAGGAAGAAGACUAAUUCAUGGAGCAAAGUUUCAUUUUUUCCGGUUUUUGAUUGGGAUGCAAAAAGGACUAGUCUUUUGUUGUAAGGCGAUCAGAUAUGUUUCGAUUUUCUUUGUGAGCAGGUUCUUGAGGUUAAGAAGGUUUUUAAAAGGCGAUAAUGCCGUGCAUAGUGAAGAUGCGAAGAAUAUGAAUACGGAAUUGAGUCGUUAUGUGAUUUAUCUUGAAGGAGAAGAAGUGUUGGUGGAUUUGAUGAUGGAAAACAAUUGUGACGCUACAGAUCACUGGAUCAAGAUUGGGGAGAAACAGCAGCCGAAAAAUCUGAUAAAACUUUUAGAACGAUCGAGUUGUUUAAGUUCCUUCAAUGGAGUACAUGAUUUUGACAGUAACAAAGUUCCAUCUUUAGGUUGUGGAGAACCGCCAAAUUGUUGGGCUCUACCUAUUGUGACAUUAACAAGCAUAGCAGUUGCAAUUCCGAAUAUAGACAAACAGUUAAAAGAUCAACUGAUAAGCAGUGUGGAUGAAGGUCUCAAGUAUGUAAAAGAGAUAGAAAACUACCUGGAGAAGGCGAAAGAACUGAAAUAUGUAUUGAAAGCAGCAGAAGUAGCUUGGUCAGAAGUGGAACUUUCUAACAAAUGGUCAGAUAUUGAUCUUUCAAAGCUCGCGCAUCAAGAACACGCAACAGGAACUACUGAAAUCAUCAAAUCGCUUGCAGAAAUCUCAAAGGGAAAAUGUAUGGAAUUUUUCAACAAGGAUAUGGUGCAUGUGGAUGAAUUCUUAAAAGAUGGCCCAUCGCGAUGGCCCUUGGGCGUAUUGGCUGCAAAUUCCAUGUAUAGGAUAUGUGAAACACUGAUGUUAACAAACCACAAAGAAACCAGUGAGAGGUUAUUUGAGAAGAUAUCUCACAUGAUUUGUGAUGUAUUACUCGCGGCAUUGAGUAACCUGCAGUAUGUUAUUUCAAGAAAAUGUCAUGAAAGUAGGAUAGAGGAGAGGGAGAAGAGUAUUCGAAGCGCGGUUCUACUUUUUGGGAAAACCAAAAAGAUUUUAGAAGUUAUUGACAAGAAAAGACCUCAAGAUUCAGAUCAUGGGAAACUUAUACACAUCGAAGACUGGCAUCUAGUGAGCAAGAGUAUGGAUCCGUUGUGCUCUAUGUCUUCAUCGACCGAUGAGGAAACAGCUGCGUCUAGCCCAUCUGAUUUUUAUAUCUCAGUAGAGUAA